UAAUUUAAAAUGAGGGGGGGUCCGGUCAGACUGCUCUAUAAUUUCGGAAGGAUCCCGGUAACGAGAGAGGGAGGGCGGUUACCUUGAAAAGUCCUAAAAGGCGCAAAGUAGGUUUGCCUACACACACAGAAAACACUAUUUGACACAAAGAUUCUUUACGAAGCAAUAUUUUUUCUUCUAAUAAAGUCGAGGGGGUUGGCAGGGCUCUUAUGUAACUGGCGCUAUAGUUGUCUCCCAGUUCUGAGAGAGAGAGAGGACACGUCGCUGGCUCGCGUCCUCUCAAAAGCCAGAUGUUGGUCUGUUCGGGGCGCCUGCCAAAGGACUGUCAUCUGAGCUUUCCACAUUCUCCGAUUUGACGGCUGAACAGAAACACUUGUUGGAAAGAGAGAGAGACGUGGAAAGCAGAGUGAAAAAAAAAACUCAACUCAAAUUACACCUUACGGCGGGGUUGCAGAGGAAUCAUUGGUCGGAGAUGGGAGCGGAGACUUGACGGGGAUGUUCCGCUGGGGGUCCCACAAUGGGGAAAAAAAAGUCCAUGUUUCCAAAAGAUCUUAAAGAGUGGCUGCUUCUGACCGGCGGGUUGCAUUGAAGAUGUUAGCUCUGCGAGUAUUCUACGCCAGUCUGCUGUGUUCCCUAACUCAGGGCUAUUUCACUGGGCCCCUGCACCCGGAGAUGUCCAAUGGCACUUUUCACCAUUAUUUCGUGCCGGACGGCGACUACGAAGAGAACGACGACCCCGAGAAGUGCCAGAUGCUUUUCCGCGUCUCGGACGAGCGGCGCUGCGGGGUAGAAGCCGACCUGCAGACCUUCCUGAAGCAGGAAAUGCUCAUCCUCCAGCGGCAAGUGGAGGACGCGGCCAGGGUAUUGGACGGGGUCGGCAGGAGCAUCGCCCAUGACCUGGACGGCGAGGACAGCUACGGUAACUACCUGCGCCGGGAGACCAGCCAGAUCGGGGAGGCGUUCUCGCACUCGGACCGCUCUCUGGUCGAGCUAGAGCUGAAGUUCCGUCAGAGCCAAGAUAGCGAGCUGAAGGAGGUGAACAAGAUCAACGACGAGGUGCUGCACAUGCUGUACCACACCAGGCAGAUCUUGAGGGAGACGCUGGAGAUCUCGUCGGGCUUAAGCGAUAAGCACGAACUCCUCACCCUGAUCGUCAGAAGUCACGGCACAAGGCUCAGCAGACUGAAGAACGAUUUCAUGAAGAGCUGAGAUCUGACUGAGCCACACUGGACCGACGUCCCCAUGUCCCCCACCCUCCAGACCCCGAGCAUAAUAACAUGUCAUUUACUUCUGCAGCAUAUUUAUCAAAAUCGAUUGGCGUGAUGUGAGUUUGGGGCAACGUGUGUCCAAUGGCCUCUGCCCCCCACUACUCACUUUCUAUUGAAUAUAAACUAACAUUGCUUUCUGACAUCGAUAACCGUGACCCAGCUUCCUAUUCAAGGAGGUUGCUUCCUUGUUACCCUGUAGAUUUUGCAGUUUGUCAACCGUUCAUUGUUGUACAUGUUCUCGGUUCGUUAAAUAUAUACUGAUCUGUUUCGCCUCAAAUACCGCAGGCAGGUACAAAGUAUUUUAAAACGAGACAGAGAGGGAGAGAGAAUGUACGUUUCGUCGUGACAGAAGAACCCAGUGCUAGGAGGGUGAGGGUUGUGGGGGUGAGUAAGUCGGUGCAGAUGUCUGAAGUUUGAAGUGCGGAUAAAUUGGCCUUUUUGUUUCGCAGUCUGGAACCCUAAUACAAUUGGCCGGGGAUAAGGGAGGGAGAGAGUCUAAAACGGAUGAACAAAUUGAACAAAUCCCGGGCAUUGAGUCUGGGUAACUGUGUUCUUUUACCUCCCAGUGUUGGAGCACUCGGGUCAUAUCCAGCAACUACAUGCCCCACCGCUCGAUUACAGCAAACUGACAGCUUUUUGAUUGAUGAGUCUCCUUUAAAGUCUGGAUUUGGCACUAGUUUCCGUCCAAGUGGUUAAAAAAAUUCCCCGAUUCCAGUUAAUAAGUUUGCUUUCUCAACGUGUCUUGUGGUUGGCUGUUUUAAAGUGAGCUGCAGGAAUUUUUUUAAUAAAAUUUUUUUUCUCUCUCGAGCGGACGCCGCGUUAAAGCAUCCGCUGCAGAAUAAGCGUUUGAAAGCGUGUAUUGUCUGGAGUGGUUGUGAAGGCGGAAUUGGGCAGUAACGUACUGGAAGCAGAGACCUUGACACACUGUGGCUGCGCACCUCCUCCGGGAUGACCCAGAUUGUGGAGGCCGCUGCUCAACACCCCCGCUGGGCUGGAGAGGGGGUGGAGGAAAGGAUCAGCACAACGUGGACAGAAUCUACCAAGCCGAGGAAGUUAAACUGCACUCCCCCCCCCCCCCCCCCCUCAGUAUCCAUCAGUCUACAAUCCAAAAAUUUACACCCUAACAAUUUGACAAUUUAAUCCUGAAAUAGUGCGGAAACAACAUUCUUGUUUUGCACAGUAAUUUGGGUUUUAUUUGCCGAUAAGUUCACGAUGUUCCUUAUCUGGAUUUAUCCUUCUUCCACACCAAUAUAGCUCGGGUUCUUCUUAAUAACACAGUCUAGGUGUAAAAAUGGAGGCUAAACCAUAAAUUCAGUUUGGAGGUAUUAAAAUGGGUUUUAAUUAAAAGUCUUCCCGUCGAUAGACUGGUGGCAUUUAUAGCAGAGCUGGUGUUUUAUGAAAUCUUUAAAGAUGGUAAAGGAACAUUGAUUUUUUUUCUCACCAGUAAACGCCCAAAUCCACUCA